GUGGGAUUGAGUGUGGCUGGCAGCUCAAAAAGUGGCUGACAAUGACGAAAUGACGUUUCGGUCGUCACUGGGCGAGGGGCAUGACCAUAAUUGUAAACUCUGGCGACAACAAAAGCAGCAGCUCUUACACACCUUCGUUCUACUUGAAACAUACAACUUUGCAUCAACGAAACAGCAACAUGACUGCGCAAGACAAAGUCAAGAACACGGUGCGCGAAGAGGCACAGAGAGUCGCCGGCCUCGCCAACGAAGCUGCUCAGUCGGGAGCAUACCUCUACCCCAUCAGAGGUAUCUUCUACUUCCUCUCGAACCGUGAGCUCUGGAAGCCCCUUGCCGCCAAGCUCCUCCCGACCAUCGCCCUCGGCAUCACCACCCUCGCCGGUGUCUUCUUCUUCGGAUACCUCCCUCAAGCCGCCAUACUCGCCGUCUUCAACGGUCCUCUGGCCGCCGUCAAUGCCGCCCUGCUGUGUUUGAACGAGAGCAGCAAGAUCUUCAACACCCUCUCCAAGAACUUCUUGGUCGAGGACAGCUUGAUCGAUACCUUCGACGGCACUCUGGUCGCCAAGGGCGAGUCUGAGCUGGUGGCCAAGGAGCGCAAGGUCGGUCGUGGUGGUGAUGCCAUCGGUCGUCUCGGCAAACUCGUCUCGAAGCCCUUCGCCAAGUUCGCACCCAGCGCCAUCAUCAGAUACGUCAUGUACCUGCCUCUCAACUUCAUCCCCGUUGUCGGUACCGCCAUGUUCAUCCUUCUCCAGGGCAAGGCUGCCGGCCCGGCUGCCCACUCCAGAUACUUCCAGCUCAAGGGCAUGAACCAGGCCAGUCAGGAAGAGUUCAUUGCAAAGAGACAGGGCGCAUACACUGGUUUCGGUACUGUCGCAACUCUGCUGGAGCUUGUCCCUAUUGUCGGUGUCUUCUUCUCCUUCACAAACAUCUGUGGCGCCGCUCUUUGGGCUGCCGACAUGGAGUCUAGAGGCAACGAGAACCAGUCGACUGCCCAGCUCAGAGACCAGAGCAAGAAGGUCUACUAGGAAACCUUGACGGUCUUGUCGUCUUGGUAAGGCCGCCUUAGUAUAUUGUUGAGAGAGAUGGCUCGAUAAAAGCAGAACAUCUCGGUCCCAGAAACAGAAAAUACCCUUGUAUUACAAUCAUCGUUUACCUUCGAUGCUUUCCCACUGUCCGUCGACGCGUCGCUUCCUUGAACCUUGAUGUCGGCAGUGCAUGCAAGAAUUGCUGGCAGACUUGCUGAUCUUCAUUCGCCAAGCACGUCCCCACCAGCCGGAUCGGUUGGCUGUCACCCCCGCUUCGACCUCUCUCCGCCU